AGUGUGGCAACAACAUCUCUGCCACUCCUCCUUAGAAUAAAACACAUGAAACAGAAACUGAACUCUCACACUGUUAUCUCCCUGUGUGUGAUCGUGGCUCUGAGAAAUGGCAGAAUCUUCGACCCAAAGACAGGAUUCUUUCACUUGUCCAGUUUGUCUGGAUCUGAUAAAGGAUCCAGUUACCGUUCCAUGUGGGCACACUUAUUGUCUGGUCUGUAUUAAAGGUUGCUGGGAUCAGGAAGAUGGUAAAGGCAUCUACAGCUGCCCCCAGUGCAGACAGACAUUUAGGCCAAGACCUAUUCUCGGUAGAAACAUUCUGAUUGCCGAAAUGGUGGAGGAAUUUAGGAAGACCAGAAUCCAAACUGAUGUUCCUGCUCACUAUUCUGCUGGACCUGGAGAUGUGGAGUGUGACGUCUGCACUGGGAGAAAACUCAAAGCUGUGAAGUCCUGUCUGGAAUGUCUGGUGUCGUACUGUGAAACGCACUACAAAGUUCACAAUGAACUUAAUCCUGGACGAAAACACUCAGUGAUUGAUGCCACAGGCUAUCUACAGGAGAGGAUCUGCUCUCGUCAUAAGAAGGUUUUUGAAAUAUUUUGUCGAACCGAUCAGAGUUGUAUCUGCUAUCUGUGCACGAUGGACAAACAUAAAGGCCAUGACACAGUCACUGCUGCAGCAGAACGGACAAACAAACAGAGGCAGUUGGGGCAGACCCAGAGGAGAUCCCAGCAGAGAAUCCAGGAGAGAGAGGAGGAGCUGAAGGAGCUGAGGAAGGCUGUGAAGACUCUCAAGAGCUCUGCACAGACAUCAGUGGAGGACAGUGAGAGGAUCUUUACUGAGAUGAUCCGCUCCAUUGAGAGAAGGCGCUCUGAGGUGAAAGAGCAGAUCAGAGCUCAGGAGAAGGCUGAGGUGAGUCGGGCUGAAGGACUCCUGAAGCGACUGGAGCAGGAGAUUGCUGAGCUGAAGAGGAGAGAUGCUAAGAUGGAGCAGCUUUCACACACAGAGGAUGACAUCCAUUUCCUCAAGACUUUCCAGUCGGUCAGUGAGACACCUGAGUCUAAAGACUUAUCCUGCAUCUCUGUGAACCAAGGCUUCUCUUAUGAGGCUGUGAAGAAAUCUGUCUCCUCACUAAAGACACAGCUGGAGAAUUUCUGCAAGGAGGAAGUCAUGAAGAUAUCUGCAUCAGUGACUAAAGUCCAGGCCAUUAUGCCUCCUGAACUGACAACAAGAGAGGAUUUCCUACAAUACUCCUGUCAUUUCACACUGGAUCCAAACACAGCAAACAGAAACUUCCAUCUGUCUACGGGGAACAGGAGGGUGAAGAGAAAAAAUAAGGUCCAGUCAUAUUCUGAUCAUCCAGAGAGAUUUGAUGAGUGGUGUUAUCAGGUGCUGUGUAGAGAGGGUGUGUCUGGACGCUGCUACUGGGAGGUUGAGUGGAGUGGGGAGUGGGUUAAUAUAUCAGUCUCAUAUAAAAGCAUCAGCAGGAGAGGACAGGUUAAUGACUGUUGGUUUGGACGUAAUGAUCAAUCCUGGAGACUGACCAUCAACCGCACCAGCUCCUCUUUCUGGCACAAUAAUAAAGAGACUAAACUCCCUCUAGGGGCCAGCUCCAGAAUAGGAGUGUAUGUGGAUCACAGGGCAGGAACUCUGGCCUUCUACAGCAUCUCUGACACAAUGACCCUCCUGCACAGAGUCCAGACCACAUUCACUCACACGCUCUACCUUGGGUUUGGGCUAGAUACUGGAUCAUCAGUGAAGCUGCUGUGACUGACAUAUCUAGAUGCUGUUAGCACAUACAUCUUACACAUCACAUCAUUUAACACAUUACUGACACGUAAGGAUCUAGCAGCUGGGCCUGAGAAUCUUUGGACAACCACAGACUGAAGCCAUUCCCCCAUCUCUGGACCCCAGCUAUUACAAUAUCUGUACCUCUAGACCUCUGCUGUAACACAUGCAGUGUCACCACAGCAGAAAUAAGCCAUUGUGUGUGAAAGAUGUUAUGAACUCUGUGUUGCAUAACCUCACACUCCCAAGUGUUUAGUCCCUCUGUUAUUGCAUACAUGUUCUGAUACCUGGUUUUAUGACAACCACAAUAUUAUGUACUAUGGCAGUAAAUCUUAUUGAGAGUAUUCAUCCAAACAAUUGACACCCAAUGAAAUGUGUUUCUGUAUUUCUUUAUUAAUGCCAUUAUCAUGAGACCAGUAUGUUUCAAAAUGUUUCUCUUGAAGAAAGGUGAAUAAAAAGUUAUAAUAAGUCAGUCAGUACAUUAAAUUAUCAGUGAAGUUCACCUAA